GGUAAGAUGCCGAUUUCAGUCGAUAGAGAACGCCGUGCGAACGCCGGAGCUCGGAUGGCUCGCUUACUGAAUGAAGAGGAAGAGGAUGAGUUCUAUUCCAAUAUCUACGGUGGAUUUACAGAAGAAGCUGAAGAUGUAGAUUACGAGUCGGAAAGCUCAGUUGAAGAUGUUAUUGAUUCUGAUUUUGCUGAUGAAAGUAGUGGAUCUGACGAGGAUGAUGCAACAGCAGCUGCAUCAGAUGAUGAUGAUGAGAACAAACGUCAAAAACGUCAAUCUAAUCGUGUUGUCACAAAAGGUUACAAAGAACCUAAACGUGUUAAAAGUACUCGUACUCAAGAAAAUAAAUUAUCCGAAAAGAAAACUAGUAAUGAUAAAAGUUCAAAUGAUUCUCAAAGUAAAGCUACUACACAACUUAAAGAUAAACAACAACAGAUAACAACAACAACAACAGGAAAGAAGACUGUAGGACAAAUCUCAACCUAUGGACGACCAGAAUUGCGAGCAAGCACAUUACAAGCUACGGCUGAUCACGCUGAAACUAUGCGUCGACGAACAGCUAUUACUGAGAAUACAGCUGUUCGUCGGAAAGCUUUACUAGCCGAAAUCGCUCAACGCAAAAAUCUUCCAGAAGUUCGACGAUUAACACAAGAAGAAUUGUUGGCUGAAGCAAAAAUCACAGAAGAAAUUAAUCGUCGUUCUCUAGCUCGGUAUCAACGCUUAGAAAUUGAAAAGAAGAAAGCACGUAUUCAAAAAACUGUCAAUUCCACUCCAAUGAUUCGUUAUCAUUCAUUUACUGUUCCAAUUAUUGAAGAACAGCACAAUAUAUACGGAGUGUUAGCCAGUAAUGAUGAUGAUUCAACUAUUCGAGCUGGUCCCAUUAUUACUGAUCCGUCAGCUAAAUGUUCAAGAAAUUUAAUAACAUUCGCUAAUGAUGUAUGUUUUCGUGAUUCAAUGCCUCAAACAGUUACUCCAUUACCAGAACCUGAUUGCCCUGCUCCUACUCCUAUACGUCCGAAACGUCGUUUACGUAUAUGUCCGAUCACUGGUUUACCAGCACGUUAUUUAGAUCCACUAACUUUAACACCAUAUGCUAAUUUAGCUGCAUUUCGUGUACUUCGACGUUUAUAUUCUGUACAUUUAGAAACAAAGAAACCGCCAAUGGAAUUAUUACGUGAAUAUCGGCAUGGUCGCUAACAUUUUUUUCUGGAUUUUUUACGCAUUUAUGAAGACUAAAUGAUAUUGUACAUAUUAUGUUGAUAGUUUAAAGGUUGCUUUAUUCACAAAAAAAAUACUUUUUGUUCACUGAGUAGUCCCUUUACGUGUAAAUAAUUAUCUCUGAUUUAUUUAGGUGUUUACUUUGAAGGGGCUAUUCGUAAACGCGCUUACUUACAGAGUAAUGUUUCGACAUGCAUGUUUAGGUUAUUACUUAGCUAUAAAUGUACCUCACUAGUAAACGUUUUUUAUGUAAAUAUAUCUGUUAUUGUCAUAAAUAUACUCGUAGAGAUGAU